AUGGGAGACGUUGAAAAGGGAAGGAAGCUCUUUGUCACCAAAUGCUCCCAGUGCCACACGUGUGAGUGGGCCAAGCACAAGAACAGACCCAACCUGUAUGUCCAGUUUGGGCGCAAAAUGGGUCAAGCGGAAGGCUUCAGUAACACUGAUGCAAACAAGAAGAAGGGUAUUACCUGGAAUGAGCAGACCCUGUUUGAAUAUCUGCAUAACCCCAAAACGUACAUCCCUGGCACCAAGAUGAUCUUUGCUGGUAUCAAGAGCAAGACAGAGAGACAAGACUUGAUCGCUUUUCUGAAGAGCAAAACCUCCUGCUAAGAGCUGUGUCU